AUGUAUCUUCGAUUGAUGGCGGAGAACCAGCUAGCGGAGACGACGACGGAGACAACGACGAUCGAGGACCCGGCGAACGCCUGCCCUGGCAAGCACGUCGACACGAUCAAAGUACAAAACGGCCAGUCGAAGGCGGAAAUCAACGGCAGCCAGUGGACCGCUGGAUCGAUCCGGGACACCACGGCGUGGUACUCUUGUCCACGUUGCGGCAAUGCCUACAGCAGGCCGCACUCGUUGAACAGACACAUCAAAUUCGAGUGCGGCGUAGAGCCGCAAUUCGAGUGUCCUAUCUGCCACAAGAAGUCGAAGCACAAGCACAAUCUAGUGUUGCACAUGAGAACCCAUCAGAAACCUUGA